AAAUUUAUCAAAGCGGUGUGUAAAAUUGAAGCUUGUUUAGGUCGUGGUCUGUGAUUUUAUGCUCGUAUUAAGAUCAUCAUUUUUUUCAAUUUAAAACGUUUUACUACUACGAUUAAAUAAUAACUUUCAAGCAAAAUUGAAUAACCAAUAUUAUUAUACUCGUGAUUACUUGUGAUGAAUAAGCAAAAGUGAAUGUUCGCGGCCUCGCACUCCUCACAGGAGCGUAGUGUUAUUUGAGUCGGCUCGGAGCAGUCGCAGCACAGCUCGGAGAUGUCGCAGCGGUUCCCGGCGAGCGCGGCGGGCGCGGCGCCGCAGCGCUACGCGGGCCCGCCGCCGCAGGGCUCGCCCAUGCCGCCCAGACCCUACUCGGGACCCACGUUUCCGCCCCGGAGCGGGUUCACACCGCCGCCGGCGGGUGGGGCGGGCGGCGCGGGCGGAGCGGGCGGGCCGGCGGCGCGGCCCGGCCCCGCGCCCUACGGCGGUGCGCCGCUGCCUCCCGCGCCCGCGCCGCCG